AUGGGGACGGAGCGUCCAUACAAGAGUUGGAGCAUCCAUACCCGAUCGGAGAUCAUCGCCAACUACAAAGUCAUGGAACGGAUCGGCUCCGGCGCCUACGCCGACGUCUACCGCGCCCGUCGUCUCUCCGACGACCUAACAGUCGCUCUCAAGGAAAUCCACGACUACCAGUCCGCUUUCCGCGAAAUCGAAGCGUUGCAGAUGCUCCAAUGCUCUCCGAACGUCAUCGUCAUGCACGAGUACUUCUGGCGCGAAGAUGAAGACGCGGUUCUCGUUCUCGAGUACCUCACCACCGAUUUGGCUACGGUUAUUUCCAAUGCUGCCAAGGAAGGUGUUUCACUUCCUGUUGGUGAGAUGAAACGGUGGAUGAUUCAGAUUCUUUCUGGUCUUGAUGCCUGUCACCGGAAUAUGAUCGUUCAUCGUGAUUUGAAGCCUUCUAAUCUCUUGAUUUCGGAUAGUGGUGUUCUCAAAUUGGCUGAUUUUGGACAGGCAAGGAUACUCACCGAACCUGGAUUUGAUGCUUUUGAAGGGAAUCCUCCACCGUGCGAGCAUGAUGGUUUUAAUCAUGAAAGUUCACUUCAUCAUCCUGAAGCUUUUCCUCUCACCAACAACUUAAGUCAAUUUGGAAGUGGAAAUCAAGAGCAGGGAAGCAGUCAUAAUGAGUAUUUUAGUGUUUUAGAUGAGCUGAAAACAAAGAGACCUGUGGAUGACAUUGAAAAGGAUACAAACAUUCCAGAUGGAAAUACUUCUUGUCUUGCAACGUGCACAACAAGUGAUAUGGAUAAUGAUCCUUUGAGAACUUCUUUUAGUUUUGAAACAAUGGAGCAGGAAGAUAAAGAAGAUGGUGGUUUCACAUCAUGUGUUGGAACUCGUUGGUUCCGGGCUCCCGAGUUGCUUUACGGAUCCACAAACUAUGGUCUAGAAAUUGAUCUCUGGUCACUUGGCUGUAUUUUUGCGGAGCUUUUGACUCUGAAACCCUUGUUUCCUGGAACGGCUGAUAUUGACCAGCUCAGCAAAAUUAUUAAUGUUUUAGGCAACCUUGAUGAGAGAGCUUGGCCUGGCUGCUCAGAACUUCCUGAUUACAGAAUAAUCUCUUUUAGCAAGGUAGAAAACCCUCCUGGUGUUGAAGCCUGCCUGCCCAACUGCUCAGCCGAUGAAGUAUCUCUUGUCAAAAACCUGGUUUGUUAUGAUCCGGCUAGGAGGGCUACAACAAUGGAGCUACUCCGUGACAAGUACUUUAACGAAGAACCUCUUCCUGUGCCCAUUUCUGAUUUGCGAGUUCCUCUGACUAGAAAUACAGAAGAUGAGGAUUCUAUUGGUGGGUGGCAGGAUUACAAUGACAUGGGUUCUGAUUCUGAUUUCGAUGACUUUGGCCCUAUGAAUUUCACCAGAACUGACACCGGUUUCUCCAUACAGUUUCCUUGA